AUGCUCGCUCACCUCGCUCUCUGUCUUCUGGGCCUUGUCGCUGCAGGCGGCGAUGGCGGGCACGGCCAUGGCCACGGCAAAGGCAAGGGUCCCAAGAAGCCGGCGUCCAAGCCCAACAUUGUGUUGUUCAUCACCGACGACCAGGAUGUGGGCACGCAUACGCGUGAGAUCAUGCCGCGCACAUUCGAGCGCCUCGUCGACCAUGGCGUCAACUACGAGAACUUCUUCACGCCCGUCUCUCUGUGCUGCCCCUCCCGAGUCUCUCUGCUCCGUACCCAAGCGGCGCACAACCACAACAUCACAUUCGUCGAGCUCCCCCACGGCGGAUGGCAGAAAUUCAACGACUACGGCUAUGUGUCGCACACUCUGCCUGACUUUCUGCAGGCGGUCGGUUACAACACGUACUAUGUGGGCAAGUACAUGAACGACCACACGGUUAAGAACUGCGUCGAGCUGCCCGUGUCAGGCUUCAACGCCUCGGACAUCCUCGUCGACCCGUACACCUACGACUACUGGCGCCCCGCGUUCAGCGUGAACAACGGCCCCGCCGAGAUCCACAACGGCAGCUACUCUACAGACCUGGUCGGCGAAAAGUCGCUGCGUCACCUGGAUACGGCUCUGGCUGCCGAUGAGCCCUUCUUCAUCGGCAUUGCGCCGAUCGGGCCCCAUAGUUAUAUGGACAGCUCAAAGCGGGAGUCCAGUGCCCGCCUAUACAUGGACACGCCGGAGUGGCCGGAGAGACAUGCGCACAUGUUCAUGGACGCGAAGGUGCCGCGCACGGAAAACUUCAACCCCGACGAGCCCAUGGGCGUCAGCUGGGUCAAAACCCUGCCGAAGCUCAACGAGUCCAACGUCGAGUACAUCGACGAGUUUUACCGUGGCCGCCUGCGGUCCCUCCAGAGCGUGGAUGAGCUCGUCGGCCAGGUCAUGGACAAGCUCGAAGCCGCGGGCGUCAUGGAGAACACCUACGUGUUCUACACCGCCGACAAUGGGUUCGCGAUGGGCUCGCACCGCCGCCAGCCGGGCAAGACGUUGGGUUACGAAGACGACAUCAAGGUUCCCCUUGUGAUCCGCGGGCCGGGCAUGCCUGAGGGCAAGACGGACACGGUCAGCAGCUACGGCAUGGUCGACCUCAGCCGGACAUUCCUCGACCUCGCAGGCGCCAAGCCUGACUACGAGGAUGACGGAACCAAAAUCAACCUUCACCUCGGAGAGGGCAACAAGGCAGACAGGACCUACGAGAAGCACCGCCACAGCUUGAGCGAGUACUGGCUCCGCGGGAUCGAGGAGGGCAAGUUCGUCGAGGCGUCAUACCGCGACAAUAACACGUACCGCACGCUCCGUGUGCACGACGAAGUCGCCGGACAGCCCGUCACCUACUCCUAUGCUGUAUGGUGCACAGGCGAGCGCGAAUUGUACGACCUCGUCGAGGACCCGUACCAGGUCCGCAACCUCCUCGCGGGCUUGAACGACGUGGGGCCUUUUGCUGCCUUUGAUGCCGGUGACGUGCCAGAAGACAGGCAGCGGCUGCUGCACCGCCUCGACGCACUCACCCUUGUGCUCAAGACGUGCAAGGGCGAGAGCUGUGUCGAGCCCUACGGCGCCCUCUUCCCCCAGGGCCGGGUCAGUACCCUCCAGCAGGCCAUGAACAGGAAGUACGACGAGUUUUUCGCCGCUCUUCCCAAGGUUCAUUUCGACCACUGCAUGCUAGGUUUCCAGAACCGGCUUGAGCUGCCCGAAUGGGACAAUGCCUGGGCCUACAAGAAGUGA